AUGGCUUCACCUAAUGGUUUUUUUAACCACUUAACCUAUUUUCUGGCUGCUGGUGCUGUUACUUUGGGAAUUGGCUUCUUUGCUUUGGCAUCAGCUUUGUGGUUCCUGAUUUGCAAACGAAGAGAAAUAUUUCAAGAUUCCAAAUUUAAAACAAUUGAUGAGAGAUGCAGACAAAGACCAUCAAAGGCAAAGAUUAAAUCUAAUUCUCAGUGUGUUUUUAUUUCUCAAAAUUUUCAUACUGGAAAUUUCCGAUUACAGGAGGAGCAAAGAAAAAAGGAAACAGCACAUAAAAAAGCAAUUAAAGAUUAUUCUAAAGAUGAAUUCUGCCUUGCAACAAAAAAGGUCAUUUGUGACCCCUCGGAGACUAGCUUGGCAACAAAUCCCAGCAGUGUUACCUUAAGCUUAUCAACGUUACCAUCUGAUUCUUAUUACAGCCAAAGUAUAGAAGUAGCUGAUGACUGGUUUUCUGAUGAUUCCCUAGUGAAAAAGAGCCCUCCAAUGCCUUUUCUCGGGGAGUCUGUAAUGGAGAAAGUAUUUUCAUACUUGUCAACCAUUUCAUUAGAAGAAUGUACUGGAAACGUACUAAAUAUGACACUUUAUGAUGGUCAAAAAGAUGACAACAUUAAGGGAGUAUUUACACGAAGAAAUACAGAGGUUGAAAUACAAAACCUUCAACAUAAUAUUGAAUGACUUUUUUCUUUUGAAACUUUGUGUACAAUGAAAUCAUGUAACGUUAAAACUGAAUUACCAGCUUCUGAGUCUCUUAACAUG